AUGCUCCGAGUUGCUGAUGCCAGCAGGUUUGAUGUUACACGCACCGAAGUGGUAGUAUGCGCACAAAGUGGACCUGAAACUAAGAAGUGGUUCUGCCGUGGCUAUCAAUUGUUCACUUCUAAGCGGGAAAACAUUGAUCUCAACUAUUUUACACAAAAACCGCUCAAUCCGCACAAAAUGAUGCUUGCUGCUCAUCGGCAGCGAUCCAAACCUCCACAAAUUUGUUCAACUGCUCGCAUUGAAUGUACAUAUGAUUGCGAUGCGAACGCAUUCUCAUCGAUAUCUUACUCCACUUCUCCACCACACCAACUUCUGAGUGUGAGCGAGUCACCAACGCGGCUUUCUUAUGCUUUGACUGUUCAUACUACGCGUCUUAAUGACAGUGAUGAUUAUUCUGAAGUUCCCAGUCCUCUUACUUCUAUGUCGCUGACGGAACUAGAAGUCCUGGUCAAAGGUCAACCACCGAUUUACAUCGAUGAUAUAGCGGGAUGUCAUUCAGACAACGAAGACAACGCUUCUACGAGUGCUGUCAUGGUCGAAAGUUUUCCUUUGGAGCGGAACAGAAGAGUCCAUCGCCCAGUUCGAGUGACAUUCCCAUCCAGGAAUGAUGCCGAUAGAUUUCUAACACGUGUAGAAGAGAGAAUAAGGAGAAACUCGCCUCCCCAUCUGCUGUCUCAUUCGCCAACCGGAUGCGUUCUUGUGUUGAUUAAUCCGUUCAGUGGACAGAAGCGUGCUGAAAAACUGUGGGCCGAACACGGUUUGCGUGUUUUGCGAGCUGCAAAAAUUAAGUAUGAAGUGAUCCUCACUGAAUAUCCCAAACAUGCGACGAAGAUAAUCCAGGAGCUGGAUAUUGAUCGAUACGAUGCAGUUUUGGUAAACAGCGGAGAUGGUCUCGUGACGGAGGUGAUUUGCGGACUUCUCCAGCGCAAAGACCGCGAGAGAGCGCUGAAGUUCCCAAUCUGCCAUAUUCCUGGAGGAACCAGCAACGCACUGGCAGCAGCGAUCUGUUAUGCGUGCAAUGAGCCGUUCUCGUCCCGAGACAUCUUCAUCACAGAAUGCUGUCUCAUGGCAACGCGUCCUCGAUAUAUCCCAUUGCGUCUCUACAAUGUUCAAACUGCGAAUGACGGCACCAGACCAAUGUUUAUGAGCGCAAAUUGGGGACUUAUAGCUGAUAUUGAUCUGGGCAGUGAGCGAUUCAGAUGGGCAGGUAUGAUUCGGCUGCACAUGGAGGCCAUACUGAGGAUACUGCAGUUGCCUCACGUUGCUACCUACAGAGCUCGUGUUUCCUAUAUUCCUGUGCAGUGCAAAACCACCUCAAGAAAUACUAUGUUACCGUUUAACUGCGACAGGAAAAUGUUCGGCGGGGACCAUUUCGACUACAGAAAUGUCGACCAGGCUACUGGAUUAGAACGACUGGAAAAGGAACACUUCUCAUCUUUGGAACAGUCACUUGUAGGCACCUCACUUAUGGAUAUUCCCAGUUUGGAUCAACCGUUAGGCGAGAACUGGAAGACAGUAGAAGGAGACUGGGUGAUGGCAAAUGUCUCAACGCUGAGCCACUUAGGGUCUGAUAUACCAUUUCUGCCAUCGGCACGUCUGGAUGAGCCAACUAUGUACCUGACUCUUAUUGACUGGAAUACGAUAAAGACGAGAUUUCAUGUCGCAGAUCUGUUCUUAUUUAUGGAAAGUAGCAAGCACUUGGCCCACCCAUGCAUGCAGAUCAUACCGGCAAAGGCGGUUAGAGUCGAGCCACUCACCAAGAGCGGAUACUUCGCAAUAGAUGGAGAACCGUGUGAAUCAGGAUCAUCUUUUCAGGUGGUGCCGAACAAGUAUUGUGCUACUGUCAUAGGCAGGAAGGAAGUGGAUUAUGUCGUUGUAGACAGCCUUAAAACUUUGUCGCCUGUUGAUAUGGAUAAUCCGUGA